AUGGCAAUCUAUGUGAUUACAGAGGAACAGAGUCUCAUCCUGACUUCAGCUCUGAAAUCAAACCCGUCACACCUGAGAGAGCUGGACCUGAGUAGGAAUAAUCUAGGAAACUCGGGAGUGAAGCACUUAUGUGCCGUACUGAAGGAUUCACACUGUAAACUGGAGAGAUUGAGACUAUAUGACUGUGGCAUUACAGAUGUUUCUUCUUUAACUCAGUCUUUGACUAACUUCAAAGCACUGCAGUUUUUAAAAGAGCUUGAUCUGAGAGAGAAUGAGAUGGGAGACUCAGAGCAGCGGCUCAGAGACGAGCUACGAGACUCAAACUGUGUCCUGAGAGUAGAUACAGAUCGACCGGCAAACGUCCGGAUUUACAUCAAGGUUUAAAUCUGUGAAACGGAGAUGAGAGGAGCAGAAACCAUCAGGCGAUCCACAGAAGAGUCUCACUGCUGUCUAUGAGGAGAAAUACAUGUGUAAAUGUGUUUCAUACAGGUGGAAGAGACUCAGACCCCACUAUUAAAUAAAGCAGCGUGUGUGUUAGCAUGCGUAUUAGAAACAUGUGAUAUUGAAUGAUUAAUGUUGGUUUAUUAUUCAGCCAAAUGAUGGUUUAGUUGUAAUUAAAGGUGGAACAGAGGAAGAAGCUCA